CCGUUCGGACGGAGAACGGAGAGGCCGCGUACCCUCGGAAGCCCUCCGCCGAGCCCUCCAGUCCUCCAGUCCUCCAGACCACCAGCAGGCCGGCGUUCCGGCACCGCCACCACCAGACCGACCGCCAACCCGCCUACGAGCGAGAGGGUUGAGCUCGUGGGGCCUGAUACCGCUCGGUGAUUGGUCGACGGGAGUACGUCACGUGACCUCCCAAGAGACCGCUGCUUCCACGGAGUCCCGAAGAAAAGAGACAGUAGUAACAACACAGACGCGUUACGGAGAACGUUGGAGAAGCGAAAAAGAUCGCGAGGAUUUUGCUGGUACGAGUGAGAGGACCCUCCUUCGUCUCCACCCUCUGGUUCAGCACCCUUUCACCUACGCCUCCACGUCCACGCUCACAUCCACAUCCUGUCCGCCACCUAUAGUCCUGAUCCUCCUCAUCCUCCGAGGCCAUCCAGUUCUCCUUGAGCAGAGCGGGGUCCUUCUACCUCGUCACCAAAGAUCUCGGCUCACGCGCGCUCUGCCCACCUAGGCUUCUUACCUCCGUCUCGUUGCGGCCCAUUGCGAUUGUCGAUCCUCGAGUGUCGCGUGAUCUGUUUGUGUCGGUCGAUCUUGGUGACAGUGCAAUCUCCGAUUGAUCUUAUUUACGUUCGACGAUCGCGAAUCUUAUGAUACACUUCGAGCCUACCACAGUGAUCAGUGCUACGUUCACGGUGAAAUAAAGUGUUGCUUCAUAUUAAACCGAAUCUUUAGUCUGCUUUUUAUCUUCUGCUCUAUGUAGCCAAGUUCAGGUUGGUACCAUUGGAAAAUAAAAGUUUAUCAUCGUCUUGGGAUAAUACAGUGCGAUGCUACUCGUGCCUACCUUGCGUCACGGAUUAAGAUACGUGUACUGGCUGUCAUGAAGGAUUAUUCGGGGUUCUUCGUAUUUUCGAACCGCGAGGUCAGCACUGUGAUAACAAGUGAUUGUGUCAGAGGGUGUUCGCCCUUCCAUGCGCGGUAAGGAUCAGCCCUUGCACCAGGAAGACACUCUCUGUGCUGCCGGACAUCUACGUAGGCAUAUACCGGUGGAAUUGCUCGCUCGUCAUAUUCCCGAGUACCAGGUCGAGGAUAAGGAGCUCGUGGCCGUGAAGACGAGGCCCCCAACACCCGUCCUGGCGAACGACGGCUGCGGAGGGACCACCGGAGGGGGUGGCUUCUGGCUGGCCUCGGUGGCCGCGGGGGCCGGGGCUGGUGCAGGACUACCCCCGCACGGGGCCCACCCCGCCAUGGAUCCAAAUUGUGGGCCCGCCGAAACUGGCUUCAUCAACAGUCAACCGUCCAUGGCGGAAUUCAUGACGGCCCUGCCGCAGCUUGCGGCCGAUGGGGCCCUUCAACACUCGCCUGGAGCUGGGGGCCCUAUGAGUCCGGGCACUCAUCAUCCGGGCUACCACACCAUGAUGGAUCCUCAUAGUGUGCCCGAUCCCUCGGGCGUCAAUGUUCCCGAGUAUCCUUGGAUGAAAGAGAAGAAGACUACGAGAAAGAAUAAUCAGCAAGAGAACGGUCUUCCCAGAAGAUUACGAACGGCGUACACGAACACGCAGCUUCUCGAGUUGGAGAAGGAAUUUCAUUUUAAUAAGUAUCUCUGUCGACCGCGACGAAUAGAAAUAGCCGCGUCGUUGGAUCUUACGGAAAGACAGGUGAAGGUGUGGUUCCAAAAUCGUAGAAUGAAGCACAAAAGACAGACUUUGAGCAAAGAAGACGGAGACGACAAGGACGGGACGUCAUCGGACAGCGUGGACAAGUCGAAGAGCGACAAGAUGUUGCUGCUGGACGAGGACGAGAAGAAGAGCUGCCACAACUGUGAUAUUUCUGGAGUGGGUGAUGUCGGUAGUUCCCUGGGCGAAGUGACGGAGUUGGGCUCAGGUCGUGGUAGCAGCAACAACAACAAUACGCCGAGUGCAACGAACAACAACAACACGGGGUUCAGUACGAACAGCAACGGCGCCAGUAGUGUCGGUAGUACCAACAGCGUGUCCAGUUCCUUCGAGAAGAUGAUUGCGGAUGACGAUUCACGGUCGCAGGACGGCAGUGAAGUGACGUCCCCGAGUAUAACUACGAAGAAGCUUUCCGCCGAGGUUAGAGUUAAGGUGGAGGUAGGCGGCGGUCACAAGAGUCCCAAUCCUGCGAAACAAAUAUCCGUAAGCAAAAAGUCCCCCUCGGCAAACUCCAAGGACAUUUGUUCCGUAACGAGCAACGGCGUGCUCCUGGCGAUGCCCGAUUCGACUGUGAGCACGCCAGCACUUCCUGGACAGAAUUCAACGAGGAGCCUGACGCCGUCCUCUACGCCAGGUACCCCGGCGUCCGUUCAGCUUCAGCAAGGAAGUCCUCUGGGUAUACAGGCGGCGGCCCAUGCUGCUUAUAUGCAGAGACCACGUAGUUCACCAUCUUCAGCAAGUUCCGUUCCCACUUCCGUUCUUCAUGGUCCCGUGAAUCCUGGAACUAUGUCACCUCACAGUGGAAGAAACGGUGUUCCGGGAAGUGGUCCGAGUCACUUUCAGCAACCGCAGCAACAACAACAACAGAAUGUCUAUCAGCCGUCAGCGAUUGACUAUAGAAACGGCGUUGCUGCAGCCAGACCAGCGAUACCCACUGUACCACAGCAGGCGCAAGCUCAGCAAAGUACCUAUUGCUCCAGGGACGCUUACCAGCAACGAAUCUCGUAUCCUGGUGAAGUUCAUCCCUUGUACUCGAGACAAGGACAGGUCGUCAGUGCGCGAGGACAUCACGCAAGAACGGGUACCACUGCUAGACCGGUUUACAAUGCUUCCAUGCAGUUCCAUCAGCAGCAAGCUCAGUACGCAAACACUGGAGAGUACAAUGGCUACGCCCAAACGGGUGCUUAUCAUGCGUCUUAUCAUAGAAAUAUGCAAGGAAGCAAUGCCUACGCCACUGGCCAAGGAUACACCGGUACCCAGAAUGAUCAUCAAGCAGCUGAGGGAUACAUCGCUGGCAGCAAUUACGGUUAUCCUGCAGGUGCAUAUCAUGCUCCUGGUGAGAAUCUUGCAUCCCAUGGGCAUACUACCGUAUCUGCUCAACCUGGACAACAUUAUUAUAAUGAGAUACAGCAACAGCAACAACACACGACUGAAGGUUACGUUACUCACCAGACCUCGAUUCAUCCCAGUUCGACUGACUAUCGAACUGGAACCAAGUGUCAUCCUGGUGCCUACUACGAGCAAACUAGUCAGCUGCACUCCCAUCAGGGUGGCGAAGCCUCUAACAUUCCCAGCAGCUAUGUCUCCUCACCGGAUCCUUUUCCAGCUCCUGGUAUGACGACCACGGCGACCGCGAUAGCCGCGGCAACUGCCGCUGUCAUUACUCCGCCGGGAACCACUGGACAGACGGACAGUAAUAACGAGGCUUACGGCAAUUUUGGUAACUUUUAUGGCGAACCUGUUCACACUGCUGCUCCGCCACCCUCUGCGGAUAACAGCAACAGCUCGUCGGACUUCAACUUCCUCAGCAACCUGGCCAACGACUUCGCACCUGAAUAUUAUCAACUUAGUUGAGUCCACGAGAACGAUAAUCAUUCGCAGAUAGACUGGAACGACGAGCAGUACUUGCUCAAUGAGCUCUACUAGUUCCUCCAGUGUGCGUACCUCCUAUAUCCAAUUUACAAAGAUAUACAAACUGUGUAUGUAAUUAGAUAUUAAUGGAAUACGCAAAUUGAUAGGAACAAAGGAUUUAUUAAAUUCAAGGAUGCUGCCGAGUGAAGUAAGUGCAAUCUAUUCACAGGUGACUAAUUGUCUUGUUGAGCUAUCAGUAUCUACGUUGACCGGGCGAGUGGAUGGUAAAAGAAGUUAAAAAUCUUGGUGUCUGAAACAUUUUACGGGACAGAUGAAAAGGCGGGAUUUUUUAAAUAUACGAUAAGGACUGGUUUACAGGAAUCGUUUGAUUAUACAGGGAAUUGUAAUUAUUGUUGUUAACAGAUCGUGAGAAUAUCGUUGAUCGUUAUUGGUGACCACUCUUUUGAUUUUAAAAAAUUUUUUAUUCCGUGGGAAUCAUAUUAUGAUAAUAAAGUAUGAUAAAGUAGUAUACAGAGAUACGAGUCAGUCAGUUCAAAAGUUUGUACAGACAAUUUUUUAUUAUUCGCAUUGAUUCCAUAACUCUUUUGAUUGAAAUUACUAAAUAUGACUUUCAUCAGAUUGAUACUAAUGAAAAUCAGCUUUAUGAAUUCUUCGAUUACUUUAUCUCUAUUUAUUAACCUACGAUGAUUCAAGGUACAAAAUAAUAAGGUACGAUCUUUCGGAAUCGAAUUUAAUAAGCUUAAGUAUAGUGGCAUGUAUUCGAUCAAUAACGCAUCUACCAGUCCUUAUGUUCCCCGCACGUUUUAUACUCGCUCGGCCUUAACGAGCUCCAAUUGACUGUGGAUAAAUCAGCGUAGAAUAGCGAAGCAAUUAGUUGAUGCUCGUAAACAGUAGUUAACGAGAAUAUGACAUAGAUACGCAGCCGUACGUACGUAUCGAUACUGCGAGAAAGUUAGCUGCGAGGAGACAAACCGAGAAUUAUGCUCUCAUUAAACUACGAAAAUCGCAUCUACGCAACAAUCACGCCUAGGAUAUUAAUUAAGUAUACUAAAAAUAUUUAUAAACAAAAAAGCAAAUAGGCGCAGCAUAUUAGUUUUAAACAAAAGAAAUAAUUCUUCACCUACUGACUAUUGUACAUCCGACUGUUUGACCAUUAAGUGAAUUAACGAUAUCGAUUUUACUUCCACGUCCCAUACGACCUGUAACUAUCUAUCUGUAUUUACGUCCGUAUGCAUACCAUGCAAUUCCUUGUUGAUCGAUUUUAUCGAACGUGCUGUAAAAUCGAUUCGUACUGAUCCCGUCACGCUUAGUGAAUCCGGCAUUUUUUUACGAUGUUUUUUUUCUGUUUUUUUUUUAUAUAUAUACUUAUACAGUGUCUUUUAGUUCAAAUUCAUUAAUCGAAGUUAGCGGAUUCGAUUGAUUCUUAACCCGGAGCUAAAUUGAGUUUGUAUAUUUGAACUGACUCGUUUCUGUAUAAUAUAAUUUCAAACUAAAUUUAACAGUCUAAGCGAUACUCAACUGUAUCACUGUAUAAAUACGUAGCUACGUUUAACGACCUAAUUUUAAUUUCCAUCGAGCGAACUACUUAAUAUGCUGUCUUUUUUUGUAUAAAAUAUUACGAAACCAUCGUUGUUUAUAUAAAUAUAUAGAUUCCUUGUAAAUAUUACACUGUACGGUUAAUCGUAUAUCGUUUAUCCAUCCUGAUUGUACGUAAGAGUUGUAGAAUGCGAGUCUACAACACCGUAAAAUUAUCGCACUUGUACAUUCGUUCACUAACACACUUGUCAAAUACAGGUUAUAGCGAAACUUCACAUAAGGAAUAAUUCUUUACCGAAAGCCCUAAAAAAAAAAUGAAAAAUCAAAAUAUUCCAAAAUAAUCUUGAAAGCAGUGAUUAA